GUCACCACUUCCUGGAGCUCACGUUGUUGCUGACAUCAGAGGCGCAGCUCCGGGGUGAAACUCGGCUCUCUCGCUCCUCUCCGUAGUGUGUGUUGAGACAAGCAAAGCGCAGGGCGAAGAAGAAGAAGAAAAAAAACUUUACUCUGAAACACAUCGGCCACUGCAGGUUAUUCCCCUCUGUCCACUCCACUCUGGAUUUAUGCACCUCUGAAAGAAGAAGAAUAUCUUUGCGCCUGAGUGCAGCUUGUUCUUGUUGUUAUUUCUGCGCUUAGUCCAGAGCGCAGUUUCCGGAUAUCAGCUCACUGUUUUUGGAAGAUUUUCUCCGCAUCUGUUAGGAUUUUUCCGCUCUUCCUGUCGCGUGUCUGUGAUAACUUACAGCCCACAAUCAGUUCAUUUUCAAAAAUCCUGCAGCCGCAACUGGAUCAUGGACACACACAGAUAACAAGGGUGAAGUCUUCAGCAGCAGAGAGAAGUUGAGCUCCGUGCUCUAGUUCAACAGGGCCACUUCCUGAUGAUGACAGUAAACAUGGAUGACGGUCUCCAAAAUGGAUCUGGACAGCACAGAAACUCACAAGACGACGAGGAGGCACUUAACUCCAUCAUGAAGGACUUAGCAGCCUUGGGCCGUUGUUACACCCAGCACAACAGCCACAAGCCCAAGAACCGAACCUUACUCUACAAACAGGAUUUAAGAGUCAAGCUGGAGCAUGAGAGAGAAAAACGAAUCAUCCUGUUUCAGAGGCCGCUGAAGAUCAAAGAGCUGCUGCAGAAAGUGACCGAGGCCUUUGGCCAGCAGAUGGACAUGUUCUUCAUGGAGAAAGAGCUGCUGCUGCCCCUGAAGACGCAGGAGGACCUGGAUCAGGCGGUGCUGACGCUGGGCUGCAGUUCGGGGACCAAUGGGCUGCUCAGGAUACUGCUAAAGACUCCUAAAAACAACCAUUACCUACAGGUGAACAGCAGGGACAAACAGAGCGAGAUGAAGUCAUCGAGGUCACUGGGAGAUUUGAAGGGCUCCUUGCUAAAGGGCUCAGAGAGGGUGCGCAAACACUCAACAGGUUCCCUCCACACAGGUCGGACGUCCCCGCCGCCAGGCAGCGUCCCUGAGGAGCAGCAGCAGAUCGCCCGCCAGGGCUCCUACACCAGCAUCCACAGUGAAGGGGAGUUCAUCCCAGAAAACCCAGACCAAAGUAUGUUGGAUCCCUUUGGGAGUGCAGACAACUCGCUGUCGAGCAGCUGUCAGUCAAUAGAUCAAGCACUGGACAGCCCUCCUUACUCACAGAACACCCGUGACAAUAAUUACCUGAACCUUAACUUCGAAUACAAAGGUCGUCAUGGAAAAGGAGGGACUUUCCCACGCCAGUUCCAAUUGCCAAAUCGCAGCAAGGAUUACGGAGAUAGACGUAGGACACUUCCGCGGAGCUUCAUGCCGCAGGAGAAUCUUUUUCAGCUGGUUCCCUCCAGCCGCACUCGAAGCUAUAAUGGAGACAGCACGCUGCAGUACAGCGAUCUGCGCUCACUGGGCAAAAGCUCCCAGCGAGGUACAGCCAAGUCACCACGGGCGCCAGUCAACUGGAGACAGGGAAAGCUGCUGGGACGAGGAGCGUUCGGGGAGGUCUACCUCUGCUACGAUGCCGACACAGGCCGCGAGCUGGCCGCCAAGCAGGUGCCGUUUGAUCCCGACUGUCAAGAAACCAGCAAGGAAGUGAAUGCUCUGGAGUGUGAGAUUCAGCUGCUGAAGAAUCUGCGUCACGAGAGGAUUGUGCAGUACUACGGCUGCCUUCGAGACCUCGACCAGAGAAAACUCACCAUUUUUGUCGAGUUCAUGCCCGGGGGCUCGAUAAAAGACCAGCUAAAAGCCUACGGAGCCCUGACGGAGAAGGUGACGAAGAGAUACACCAGGCAGAUCCUCCAAGGAGUCUCCUACCUGCACAGCAACAUGAUUGUACACCGGGACAUCAAAGGUGCUAACAUCCUGAGAGACUCCUCGGGAAACGUGAAGCUGGGAGACUUUGGAGCCAGCAAACGUAUCCAGACCAUCUGCAUGUCUGGUACAGGCAUCAAGUCUGUCACUGGCACCCCCUACUGGAUGAGCCCUGAAGUCAUCAACGGGGAGGGAUAUGGGAGGAAAGCUGAUGUGUGGAGUGUCGCCUGCACCGUUGUUGAGAUGUUGACCCAGAAACCCCCGUGGGCCGAGUACGAAGCCAUGGCAGCCAUUUUUAAGAUCGCCACCCAGCCUACAAAGCCCACGCUUCCCGAGGGUGUGUCCGACGCUUGCAGGGACUUCCUGCGGCAGGUGUUUGUGGAGGAGAAGUGGAGGCCCACUGCAGACUUUCUGCUCAGCCACCCAUUCGUUCAGGGCAGCUUCUGAGCUCCUGUGGAUCCCCUUCCCCUUCCCUGCCUGUGAGGCCUCCGUGGCCCCGGUGCAUCCCCUCCUCUCCGGCCCGUCCCAUCCCCAGGGCCCCCUCCCCUCGUCACCAAGCUCCAGGGCUCAGUACCACUCCCAACUUCCUGUUAUCCACCACUAGUGUCUGCCUUGUCGAGACUCCUGCAUCCUACUAGCUCCACCUGGACUAUUCCCUGAGAGGGAAGGGUGACUGCUGUUAAGACCUCCAGAGUCCUCUGAGGUUUUGCAUGGUGUUCCCUCAGGAGGGCACUAACAAGAAGGCAGUCUCACAAGCUCCAGACUGCUGUCCUUUUAACAAGCGCAGGAAAAGUGACCAAGGUUAGAGCAAAGUGUCGCGUCUCAACCUUUAGGUAUCACUUUACACCCACUUACUGCUGCAGAACAGCGUCUCGGGAUCGAGGAGACGUAAUUGUGAUUACAUUGAUCACACGUGACCGUACUGUAAGUUUCUUAUCAGCCUAAAGAAAGCUGUGGGCAGAAUUUAAGAUGGUAAAAUAUUUUUCUAUGAUGCAUAUAAAGUCAUCCUAGCAGAUGAGAUGUCUAUUGUCAUUCUAGAAAAACAAAAUGUAAAUGUAUUUUUUGCCAACGCCUUACAAUAAGAAUUUGUAAGUAAGAAUGUCUUUUAUAACGUCUGCGAGGGUCACCAGUACCCUGCUUUCAUAAGCACUCACAAAAACAAGCCCAUUUUAGGAAGGAUUGUCAAUGUUGCACUUUUUGAUAUCAUGCAUUGAAACAUUUCCGACGUGCAGGAUAAUCAGCCGAGGAGAUAUUUUUCUAUUUGAUGCAUUUUUUUUUAUAUAUUAUUGAGAAUUGUGUUUCAGUGUAAAAGAAGAAAAAGAAGAAGCGAACUGUUUUUGCGCAUUCGUGUGCAAUGUCUCUUAAGCAAUACCAACACUACUGUUGUCAUUCCAUCCUCCCAUGCAGCGAGCCUUGUUCCAUUCAGAAGUGGCCAAAGAAACGUUGCAGAGACUGAAACCUUUCGAUAACUUUUAGAAAACGUGCAGUAUUAGUCAUGUCUGACUUUUUUUGCCACCUCAGAGCCCCAUAUAGCCUUUCCUGUGUUAUGGCAGCUUUGUGCACAGACCAAAUCGGACGCAUUAACGUCACUUUUUUUUUUUAUAAUUUUUUUUAAAGAUUGUGAAAUUAGACCGAAGGAAGCGUCUUGUUUAUAUUUUUGCUGUAACUUCACCCCACGCCUUUAUUUAGCUUUCCACGCCAUCUCGAAUGGGUCUCUUAAUGACUUUGACGGCACACCGUGGUCUCUGUGACGUCAUGUGAGGCGGAGCUUAUUAUUACAAGUUGCCAAAAAAAACAAAACAUUGAGUUGAAAGGAUGGAGUGGAAUGAUGUGUUCUUUAAAGUGGAGAUGAAAUGAAAGUUUAACUGUGGGGUGGGGGGGUCGAUGUCGGAGGUGUCGUGACUUGCUGUAACACACAGGCACUUAAAAGAAUGACGAUCCAAUCUUUUCAACCCUUAGUGCCUUACCUGAGUGUGCUUGCAAACACAAACGUUCACUGCCAAAGCAGAGAGCUUCCUUGUAAGGCGAGCGGCUGUUUAGUAGAAAGCACACGCAGGAUUAGCUGAAAAUCUUUUAUAUGGAAAAACCAACAAAAGAUUAUACUGUACAUACAUAUUGUUCUGCACUUUUGUAUGAAAUUUCUUUUUACAUUAUAAACAAAAUCUAUUUGAAAUAGCUACGUUAUACAGUAGAUUGUACUGUGAUUUAGACAGGAGAAUGAAUGGUUGCCUCUUUUAAGAGAAGGUAGGCAGGAUGAACAGACUGGGAGGCUUUCGAAUGGGACGGAGUUUGUUUGGUCUGAAUGACAAAGCCUUGAAACAUGAAAUGUAUCAAGUCAUUGAACUUUUGUACAUUUAACUUAAUAAAUUGAAGGUCUUAA